CUCUUACCGCUUUUACUUCCCCCUUUCCUUUCCAACCUCUUACUACUUUCAGUCGACAAGCACUCAUUACACUGUCGAUAUAAUUUCCUACCAUCACACUUUUUUGUCUCUUUCCUCCUGACCUUCACUUUCUCCUCUCAUUAGAAGAAUGAAUAUCACCGUCGCUACCCGCAAACCUUUCUCUUCGCAACCUAGAAAUCCGAGCGUGAAUUUAAUGCAGAAAUCGAGAUCUGAGCCCAACUGCAUCCGAGCCAAUGCAACACUUUCGAACAUCGCCAUCCCGAAGCGAAAAUCGACGGGAAAUUUGAGACGUUCAUCGACUUUGAAAUCACUUCAUUCAAAGACCGCUUGGCGACCUCCAGGAUGUUACCAGAUCCCCGAUAUUCUCGGCAACGCCUACUUGAAACCAUGCCCGACUAUUCCUCUUACUCUUCGACCUUUUGAGCCUACCAAACAAGUGACAAAGCGACCUUGGUAUCCUCCUAGUCCUCAUUAUCAAGCUCCUCAAUUGCCACCGCUUGUCAAACCUAAAAACAAGUUCGAGAACAAAAUGCGAAAAAUGCUGCCCAAGACUUGCGUACGAUCCUCCGAUCCGAGAAACCGUUAUUGCGAUUUUAAGGAAAUUGGCACUGGUGUCAAUGGUGCGGUCGUACGAGCCAGUUACCGCAAGAAGCCCAAUGUUCAACUUGCUAUCAAGCGGUGUCGACUUGAUCCCGAUCCCGAAUACCGUGCCGCCAUUCUUCGCGAACUCAAGAUCAUGUCCAGUGGUCACACCAAUUUGAUCAAGUUACGAGAAGUCACUAUUUGUCGUGACGACAUUUGGAUGGCCAUGGAUUUGAUGCGUUGUUCCGUUUUCGCUGUUCUGUGUCAGCGUGGAAUCCCUGAAGAAUUUGCAGUCCAUAUUGCUUGCAAAACUUUGAAAGCCUUGAUCUAUCUUCACGGAAAGGGAUACUUGCAUCGCGAUGUCAAGUGCGAAAAUCUCUUGCUCGGAUGGAACGGUGAAGUCAAACUCGCCGAUUUUGGUUUAGCAGCUCGUAUCAGUCGUCGCAACUGUGAACGUCUCGGUACCACCAAAUGGAUGGCUCCCGAAGUUAUUCGAGAAGAAUACUACGAUGAAAAGGUGGAUAUGUGGUCUCUUGGUAUUACCGUCAUUGAAAUGAUGGACCGAGUUCCUCCUCAUUACCAAAUCAAGGAUGAAGAAGAAUUAUACGAUAUCAUUGCCACCGAACCUAGCCCUACCUUCACCUACAGCUAUCCAUCGAUGUACAUGAGAGGUUUGGUUGCAUGGCUGUUGGACGAAGAUCCUACUGUCCGUCCAUGCGCCAAGGAUGUGCUCAUGGAAAUUGAUGCACACAUCAAGAGCAACCUUCUACCUUGCGCUUCCUCGCAUGAGCUUGUGCGAUUCCUCGGUCACGUUUUGCCACAGUACUAGAACCCUCCUCUAUUCCCAUUAUUCAUUCCCUAUGCCCUUUACAUUACCGAUUAUGUCCUGCUGCGUCUGUUCUAUCACAGCCAGUAAUUCCUUUAAUUAUAUGCAUUUACCAUUUAAGUCUUUGUCAGAUUAUCAAAACAUUGUUAUAACACGUUAUAUAAAUAUUUUUUGAUUUGAAUAAGUUAUGUUUUUAUCC